AUGGGUGACCAAUUCUGGUCUAAUAGCGAUGAGAGAGCUAUGGUGGAGUCUGUAUUGGGUAGUGAGGCUUGUGAGUUCUUAAUUUCCUCGGCUUCCAGAGCUUCGUCUGCGGAAUUGGCUACCGCACCCGGCAAUCUGCGCUUGCAGCAGGGUUUGCGCCAACUUCUGGAAGGCUCUGAGUGGAACUAUGUUAUCUUCUGGCAUGCCUGUGGUUUGAAAUCUGGUGGGUUUGUGCUGGCCUGGGGGGAUGGGAUUUGCCGCGAUCCGAAAAGCGGGGUUAUUCCUGGAGAAGAUAAAUCUGGUGGUGGUGAUUUGGAAGGUAGGGGAGAAGAGAAGCUGCAUUCACUCUUUAGGAGAACUGGUGAGGGCACUUACGUAGGUAGCUUGGGUGAGAUUUCUCAGGUCGAAAUGUUUUACCUCACAUCAAUGUACUUUCGAUUCUGGUCUGAUUCUGUAGUGGGUCAUGGUCCUCUGGAAUCAUAUAGGUCUGACAGAUCCAUCUGGGUUUCCGAUAGGGCUAAUUGUUUGAAACAUUAUCAGUUGAGAUCCCAUCUUGUUGGAGCUGCUGGGUUCCAGACAGUGGUGUUUGUACCAGUUAAAUCUGGCGUUUUAGAAAUUGGUUCAAUCAAGCAAACCCACGAGGAGUCUGGUCUUGUGAAGAAGGCAAGGACCAUACUUGGAAAAUGUAACGAGUCCUCCCACUUGAAGGCAUGUCCUAAGAUAUUUGGCCAUGAGUUAAGCCUAGGUGGUUCAAUGCCAAGGUCUAUGAGCAUCAGUUUUACUCCCAAGGUUGAAGAGGAAUUGGUUUUCAAUUCAGAGUCAUAUACAAUUCAACAGUUGAGUACAGGUCAAAUAUAUGGAAGUACAUCGAUUGGCUGCCCCGGCCAGGGCAAAGAUGACUUGUCACCUUUGGGUGAUGAGCCGAAGCCUAGAAAGAGAGGAAGGAAGCCUGCCAAUGGGAGAGAAGAGCCGUUGAAUCAUGUUGAAGCAGAGAGGCAGAGGAGGGAGAAGCUUAAUCAGAAGUUCUAUGCUCUCAGGGCUGUUGUUCCAAAUAUCUCUAAGAUGGAUAAAGCAUCUCUUCUUGGCGAUGCCAUUACCUAUAUCAAUGGCCUCCAUAUGAAGAUUAAGGUUAUGGAAGCUGAGGCAGGGAUGGGAAGCAACAAGCAUAGUAUGGUAAACCCAGAGAUCGAUUUCCAGCAGAGGCAGGAUGAUGCAAUCGUGAGGGUGAGUUCUUCUCUGGCUGAUCACCCUGUUGGUAGAAUCAUUGAAAAGUUCAGGGAACAUCAAGUUGCAGCCCAAGAAUGUAAUGUAUCCUCAUCCGAAGACGGUAGGAUUGUUCAUACAUUUUCAGUCCGGACUCAGAGCGGAGUUGCUGAGCAGCUAAAGCAGAAACUGGAAGGUGCCUUUUCCAAUGGGUAA